AUGAAUCCAGAAAUCAUGAAAAAACCUUCGCCUCGCCCUCCAACUUCUUGCAGCGGGCUCAAUGGAGCAUCAUUCCAAAACUUGGCGCCUACUACCCAGCAGGAUGCAUGUAAUGCGCAAUUCAAUACCUGUGUCGAUGCUGCCAGCACCGCUAAAUGCCAGGAGCAGAAAGCUGAGUCCGCUGCUGUGCCGGAUGCAGUGAUCACUGGACAGGAUGCUCAACUGGCCAAUGGUCAAAAUGGUCAGGGCCAAGAUGUUCAGCAAGCUGACCGCACCCAAGAUGCUGCAGUGCAAGCUGUCGGUAUCGCCGGUGCUGCCGGCGUCAGUGCCGCUCAGAACGCUGCCUCCACCGGUGGUGCUGUGGCCGCGGGUGCGGAUGUGGGCGCUGAAUGCGCGCAGGCCAUUGCUACCGCCAGGCGACGACGCGACGUUGUGACGCUCCCUCUGAAUGGAUUUAAGGGGCAGAAGCGAGAUGUUGGUCCCGUGGAGUGGGAGGGAAUGGGGGAGGUUGGUGCAUUGGUUUAG